AUGUCAUCAGUAGCAUCAGAACGUACUAAGAGGCUUGUGAAUGAUUCUUUGGAAUCCAUGAAGCAUGUUUUGGAAGAUGAUACUGAAAAUACAUUAGUUAAAAUUGAUUCCUUAAGACAAACCAACACCUCAAACACUUUGCAAUAUAUCAAGAAGGAAGAAGAAAUGAAGCAGUUAUCUGUUAAAGCUGAAAAUAUAAGCAGAUCAACUGAAGAACAAAAUGUUGUUGAAGACAUUGGUGAUAUUACUAUAGCUGGAAUUUUUAAAGAUGGAUUCUCAGUUACAACAUUUAUUGAUGGUGAUGAAGUUCUUCAGUUCUUAAGUGAAGGCUAUGAUGUCUUGAAUCCUGGUAAUGAUCCUGUUCAUUUGGAAAAGUUUAGAGAAUUGACUUGGAGAUUGAGUGAUUCUAAAGAGGAAUUGGAAGAUAUGGCGUUUGAAGAACUUGAAAAGCAGAUAUUCAAAUUGAAUAAUGAACUUGAAAAUAUAUAUCAACGUUUAUUGCAUUUCUCUAGAAUUUUGGUUAGUCUUACCCCAGAUGAAAUGGUUGAAACGGCUGACAUUUUAAUCGAAAACCAAGAAUAUUAUGAACAAGUCAUGAGCUCUGAUAGUCUCACAGUUCCUUCACCUUUACACAAAAGACUCCUUCCAGAAGAGGACAAUGUCAAUUCUGGGCUGGCUGGAAAGGUCGAUGAUGUUAGUGUUGGCACGGUUGAAGAAGAUGCUGAUCAAGUGGUUGAUCAAGGUCUAGUUGGUCCUUUGCCUGGAGCUGAACAGAGCGGCUCCGCUGAAUUGCAAUCAUCUUAUAAACCAAAAGAUGCAGGGGAAAAUUUCAAACAGUAUUGGAAUCCUGAUGAAGACUAUGAACUUUUACAAGAUUUCCUUCUUGAAGAUGUUACAGGUUUAACACCAACUGAAAAAUUAGAGGACUUAGUUCAAGCCGCUGGUGCUGUAAAGAAAGUGAUCCAUAAAGUUGAAGAUGCUGUUGAAAAGACUAGACUUAUUUAUAAAGUAUUUAAAGCUAAAAAGAUCUUGAAGAGUAAAAGUAGUAUUGCAAUCUUUGUGGUGAUCAAAACUAUUGAAAAGAUCAAAAGAAUCAUAAGACAUAUCAAAUAUUGUAUUAUCAGAAUUAUUGUGAAAUUUAUCAAGAAUUUCCCAUUCAACGUUUUAUGGAGAUUAAAAGUUUUAAUAAGGUUAUUCAUCAAAAUCAUACUUCAGAUCAUUUGGGAAAUUCGUUACCUUUUAACUGAAAUUUUAUACAGAUUAUACUUUUUAGCCAAAAGAUUAAAAAAAAUCCCAAUCUACAUCAUUUUAUAUUUGAAAAAACUUAGUGAAAAGAAAAGUUGGAUUUUAGGUGAACUUUUAAGUGAUGGAUUUGAUGAUGAUGAUGAUUAUUGGGGUGAAUGGGAUGCUUGGAAGGAUUUUGAUGACUCUUGGAAUGAAAAUAAAUAUGAUGAUGAUUGGGAUGACAAAAAAUUCAUGAAGUUUGAAGCUGCAAGUACUGGUGAUUUCAAGUCCCCAGAAGAAAUUGAAAAAAUCUUCGAAGGUUUCUUCGAUGCAUCUGACCUCAAAAAGAUCAAUAAAGAUCGUUUCAAUUUCGAUAUAGUAUACGAUUUUGAUUAUAAUGAUGAUAAUAUUCGUGAUCCAGUGCCAUUAAAUAAAAGAUCUACUGAAUUUGAAGAUACAAACACCACAUGGAGUAACUCUACUACAGGUUAUAUUGCAACAAACUUGACAAAUUCCAAUGCCACUAUAAACAACUCAACAUCUUUUGACUCAAUGGGUACUUCACUUGCAACUAGUAUUGCUGGACCAUAUUUCUUAGCUUGUCUUCUGGUUAUUAUCACCAAAAUUGUUUUCAAGUUUAUUUAG